AUGAUUGAAAUUAAAAGCUCAAUUCCUGAAGGAAGAAAUCCAUCACAAAUUUACGAUAAUUUCAUAGUGAAUAGCAUGGAACAGAAUAUAAAUGUACAUUACUUUGCAUUGAGUGAGAAUCAGGCCCCAUUGGUAACAACGAAUACUGAUCAACAAUUACAAGUGAUAAUCGAUCAGGUGGUGAGUAAGCAAACUAUAAUUGUCAUUUCGAGUGAAUCCUACACGACGAAUAUUCUCUUUUCUAUCACUGACAAGUACUCAAUAGUGAAGAGUAACUUCCUUGCCAAUAUUCAAUAUAUUUUGGUUAAUUCAAAAUUUAAGGCAACUUUCAAGUUUAAGGAUGAAAGUCUUUCUUCUCAGAUAACUGUUAAAUACUAUUGUGAUGAUUUGUGUGGAGCUAAUACAUUUAUUUCAACUAAGGAUGCUUAUAUUUGGAAUAGUGGAGGAUCAACUAUGGAAUUGGAAAUGAGACAAAGAAUUGGAGCUAAUUAUACUACAUACAUUGGGUGUGACAAAUCUUCCAGUUUUACAUUUAUGAAUCCAAUUAAUGAGUGUGAAAAUGGUGACACUAAUUUAAUCAUUACUGUAGUGUUAUCUGUAGUUUUAGGUAGUUGUUGUUUGGCAUGCCUUUGUACGUGCUUAUUUUCUAUCCUAGGUUGUUUAAUUAAGUUGGCCCUUAAUUAA